GGGGGCGCCUGUGAUCAGUAAGCCGCAGUGAUACGACAGUGUUUGCGGUGCCAAAGUAAAUGUGUCGCUCCUUCGUUGGCGCCAGAUGAGCAGUGGCGCCAGCUCUACACAGAGGAGAGAGAGAAGACCCAGCCAGCAGCGCGACGAUCCCACAAUAACAGUCUCACAACACGGCUUCAGCACGGCUUCAGCACAGCUUCAGAGCCUGCCAGAGCCCGCCUGCACACUGCACAGCCCACUCAAACCGGAGUUACCACAUUAGCCAUUUGUCUCAUUUCUUGUGCAUCAGCUGUGAAGACAUAAACGGACAGAAAGAUCUGGAUUCUUGAGACUGCACCAGUGCUGCGCUGACAAAACAACCAGUAUAUCCCCAGUUUCUCUAUUUGGUUAUCGUCCGGCCAAAAAACGGAGGUCGUCGGGCUGGAGUGUGUUCUUAUGGCCGAGUCAGAGACUGAAUGUGACACACCGGGCCUUGACACACUUGGGUCGGAGUGUGUCAUAGCCCACAGCCAUGUCGACCUUCACUAUGGGGCAGAGACAGAGAUUAUGACAGAGGAGAAGCGCGGCUUGGAGCUGGAGAUACAUGGAGGAGAGUUAAAGAUCCAUGGGAUUGGUACAGGGCUGGGAGCUGUAGCCUGUGUAGAUGCCAUUGUAGCAGAGUCGGACCAUGACUACAUUAAAGUUGAACAUGCUGAUAUGCACUGCUUUACCGGAGCAGAGAUUAAAACAUCUGGGGGUGAACACCUGCUGGGAGAGGUGCUACUUAAAGCAGAUGGCGAGCAUGUGGUGAAAAUGGAGUCUGAUCAUGGUGGCGAGCUGACAGUGGAGUCAGAGAAUGGUGUUAUCAUACAUGAGGCUCAUGGGCUCCAGUGUAACGAAUGUGGGGAAAUAUUUGGCAGCAUAUCUGACCUUCACCAACACUUUGAGAUUCACAAAGACCUCAAUCCUUAUAUCUGUGUCCACUGUGGGGAGAGCUUUGCUGUGGAGGCCAGUCUUAAACAGCACAUGAAGAUCCACAUGAAAGAAAAACCAUAUGGUGUUGACAUUAUGGGCAAAGAUGUUAUUGACACUUUCAACCUCAAGUCUCAUCAGAUGAUCCAUUUACCUGACAAACCCCACAGAUGCUCAGAGUGCGGGAAGAGCUUUGCUGCUGCCAUCACUCUAAGAGAACAUAUGAAGAUGCACUCUGAGGAUAAGCCAUACAAGUGCACACAAUGUAGAAAGAGCUUUGUCCGUAGAAGGCAUCUGAAAAAGCAUCAAGAAGUCCACGCUCGAGAGAAGCCGUACACCUGUGGCCAGUGUGGGAAAGGGUUUGCAACAACAUCUAACCUGAAACAGCACCAAAAGACCCACACUUCAGUGGCCCUCGGGGACAAGCCUCAUCGGUGUGCGCAGUGCGGCAAGUGUUUUGCUGCUGCGGCCACUCUGAAGGAGCACCAGAGGAUCCACUCGGGUGAGAAAUACAAAUGUAACAUGUGCCGGAAGAGCUUUGUCCGCAAGCGUCAUCUGAAGAAGCACCAGCAGGUCCACGCCGGAGGCAAGCCCUACACCUGCAGACACUGCAACAAGGGCUUCAACCACUCCUCAUCACUGUCCCGGCACCACAAGACCCACCUGCAGAACCCCGCCAUGCCUGUCAUGCCAGUGAUGCCAGUCAUGCAAAAUGUGCCGCCAGGAAAGGCGUUCACAUAUUCUCCCGCCAAGAGAGUUCACCAGCAGGGAGAGAAGCCUUACAUGUGCCACCACUGCGACAAGGGCUUCAACCACUCCUCAUCACUGUCCCGGCACCAAAGAGUCCACUCCGAGGGAAAGAGUUACACCUGCGGGCACUGUGGCAAGAGGUUCAAUCACUCCUCUUCCCUUGCACGCCAUCAGAGGGUGCACUUGGAAAAUAAGCAGCAGCAGGCGUCAUCACCGCCCCCACAGCCACAACCACAGCAGUACAGCCCCAUCCCCACACCAAAGGGAUACCCUAACAAUGCCUACAGCCCCAAACAACGCAUGUUGGGUGUGGAAAAACCCUACAGGUGCACCCAGUGUGGAAAAGGCUUUAACCAUUCAUCGUCUCUCUCCCGACACCAUAGGAUCCAUGUUGACCAAUGAGUACCUUUCCAGUUGUUUAUUCUAAGCGCACAUGUCUUGCUCUGUCUCUACAUUACUCCUGUCAUCUGAGUUGUUACAGCACAGGAAACAUCAGGCAAUUUUCUACAGGGACAUUUUCAGAAACAUGUCAAAAUCCCCCUCUAAAAUAAAAGCGAGGCCUGAAGGACUAAAUGCGCUUCAUUCUCUCCGGGACUAUUGAACACUUUUAAAAAUGUAAUUUGAAGAUCUGUAUGAUUAAAUUGUUAUCUUGAGAAAAUAUGCUUCACUUGCUGGUUAGUCAUUUGAUAGAGUUCAUUUAGUGUACUUUUAGGUGCGCACGUGCGCUUUUCAGCUGCAACUUUAUUAAGACUACCAUCAGAAUUGGUGAGCAAGGACUAUUGUUGACAUUUUCUUUUUCACUUGCAAAUCUCAUGAAGCAGACAAAAUUCUAGUGUAUAUAAGUGUUUUCUUUUAUAUAUAUGUAUAGGUGAUUAGUGUGCUGUUUCAAAAGAUUACAUUUUUGAUUGUAAGAUCCACAUUGUCUCCACUUUUUUCUUUUUGACUAUUAUUUCGGUAUUGGAGAUUUAAAUGUCGCAGGUGUAACUCAUGCAGCUUGUUGGUCCAUGAAAAGAGCCACUUUGUAUAUUUGAAACUGAUUGUUGUAUAUCUAAAACAAAAAUGCUGCAUAGAUUGUACAGAGCAAUACUGACACCCUGGUUCUAUUAUGUCUUGCCAUUUAGCCACAAGAUGAUGCAUAAUAGAGAAUAAACCUACUGGGUAGCAUAUCAGAAGACCCGUGUCCUGUUAUUGCUUUGACUACUCCGGCGAUGGAUAUAUAUGACAAUAACACUUGCUUUUGGAGACUAAAAUAUGUACAGAAUAUAGCUAACAAAUGUGGGUCUGCAAAUGUGGGUCUACAAACCUCAAUCUGGUUGAAAAUAUUGUGUAUAUUAAAACAGUGAAAUUUUACAGGACUAGAGGACUUCCACAAAUUCCAAUGGAUUCUCACCGUUCUGUGUAAAUUAUCUUUUACAUAACUAAUGUAUUUUUUUAGAUAUGGCUUGGGUUAUAUGAAAGGGAAUGAGAGAAACCAUUUUUACAGGAGUGAACUUUAUGGUGAGCAAUAUUUUUAGUUUUCCUUUUAAUUUGGAUAACAUUUGUGCUUCAGACAGUAGGCAUAGGUUUUUUCCUUGUGUUAGAUAGGUGCCUUAUUGCAUGCUAUGUAGAAAUGCUGAGCUGUGAGGAAAGCAAGUUGGGCUUUUGUCCUGGAGUUUUCAGUUCUUAUUCAUAUUAACCACCCCACAUUUUAAUUUUCUCAAUAUUGCUUUUAUGUAUAUUAACAUGUGUUUACACUGUUACCAUCAUAUUGUCUUUUAUUUUUCCCCAUCUUUGUUGAUGGCCACAUUGUAGAAAGAAAAUUUGUAAAUGAUCCAUAGAAGCUUCUCUAAAGGGCAGAUCCUGUAUCACCUUUCCCGUUUCUUGAGUGGCACAUUUAUGGAUAAAUAAAGGUUGUUGACUCAAACAAA